AGGUGUCAAAAUGGCUGCUUCCGUUUGAUCGUGUCACACGCUUUCGUUUUGCUUCCUGGUCAGGCGUGUAUUUAUCAGCCACAAUGCUAAAUCGGUUUAAAAGCGUGGUGGAGAAUGUGAUGGGUGGCAUUCAGUCCAUACCUCACAAUACAGAGAAGGCGGGGAACCCAGAAAGUUUGGAAAUUAAGUACGCGUACGCUCGACCGGACUUUCUUCAACUAACACACGAAGAGGUACACGUAUCAGCGGAUCAUGCUUCGCGACCUAUAUUGGUGCCUAGGAGUAUUGAGCGCCUUCCUUGGAACGCAGGAUAUGCAGAAGUGAUCAAUGGAGGAAAAAGUAAAUACAAUGAAGACCAAGCCAAAGCUGUACAGUUCAUGUUGAAGCCACCCUCUGUACAACCAAAUUCUGAAGACAACCGUGUACUUAGCAAGAAGAAGACGGAGCCAGUGGAACUAAAGCACAUUACAACAACUAAUCUUUCCAUCAAGAACAUUCCAUGUACAUACUUUGCCAUAUUUGAUGGCCAUGCUGGAACUGGUGCUGCCCUUAUGGCAAUGAACUUACUGGAUUAUCAUGUCAAGGAGAAGCUUUUAGACUGCAUUGAUCUCAUAUUAUCAAAGAAAGGCCUGCUUCCUCCACAGUCUCCUGGGGCUGAGCAAAACUCUAUCUAUGCAGCCACGCCCAGGUAUGGCAUGACAAGCAAAGAGUCCAGUAUCAGUGUAGAAGAUUUGGUGUGUGGGGCACUAGAGGCAGCUUUUGUUGAAAUGGAUAACCAUAUAGCGCGUGAGAGGACCACAUUUCGGAUAAUAGGGGGGUGCACGGCCCUGGUGGCCUUGUUCUUCAUGGACAAGUUGUAUGUGGCAAAUGCAGGGGAUUGCAGGGCUGUGAUAGUGAAAGAUGGGACCUCUAUACAAAUGUCUAAAGAUUUCACACCUGAGUCAGAGAGGCAAAGACUACAGUAUUUAGGAUAUCUUCAGCCAGAGCUACUACAUAAUGAGUUCACACAUCUAGAUUUCCCCAGACGUGUCCAUAAAAAAGACAUUGGAAAAAGGAUGCUGUACAGGGAUGCACAGAUGUCUGGUUGGGCAUACAAGACAGUAGAAGAGGGUGACCUCAAGUUUCCUCUGGUAUUUGGAGAUGGGAAAAGGGCCAGGGUGCUAGCCACAAUAGGUGUAACACGGGGAUUUGGAGAUCACGACUUAAUGGUGCAUGAUUCUAAUAUACAUAUAAAACCAUUCCUAACUCCAGUACCAGAGGUUAAGGUGUAUGACAUGACAAGCUGUAAGCACUCGGAGGAUGAUGUACUUAUAUUGGGCUCAGACGGCUACUGGGAUGUGACCAGUAACGAGAAGACAGUAGAUUUAGUGUUAGAAUCACUGAAGCAUUAUCAUAAAGGUGAUCAAAGCAGAUACACUCGCCUGGCACAGGACCUAGUAAUGUUUGCACGGGGGCUUCUCAAGGGUAGAGCAUGGAAGACUGAGGGUGAUAAAUCGGCAUCAGGGGACGAUAUCACAAUAUUUGCCAUUCCACUGUAUAGGUACAAGCCACUGAAUUUAGGGAAAUCAAGGACAUCACAAACUAACAGUAUCCCUAACAGCUGAUAAACCAUAGUUUUAGCCAUAUACAUGAUAUUUUGAAAUAAAUCACUACAGGUAUUAAGUAAUGCUAUAAUGAUGAAAACGUGGACCUGUUUGUCUGCUGGAAGACUUUCAGGUCUUCUUGAUGGAUGUUUUUAAAUGUCACAAGGGAAAAGCAAACUUAAGUUGAUUUCUUAAAUAUACUACUUUGGAGGACUAGCAACCUGUAUGGCUGUGACUGCCUUAGAAAAUGCAGUUUUUAAUCAGGACAACAAAUGUGGAAAUAUAUCUAAGGCUUACCUGGAGCAUCGCUCAGUUGAAAUAAUUCCACUUGGGAUAUGUUUUAUGUUUACAAAUUGAAAGAAAUGUUGCUGCUGCCGCCAUGAGACCCAGUACCAUACGCACAGUGGAUUAAUUAUAUUGCCUUUUGAAUGAUGUUGCUGCAAGACACCUGGCAAAUUAAUUUUUUUUUUUUUUCGGAAGAUGCCAGGACAGAGUUAAACAAUAGCUGUAUGGAUUUCUUCUCUCAAAUUUUACAGCUGAGUUACAGUACCAAGGAUCCAUUUUUGUAAAUGCAUGUAUUCAUUAUAAAUAUGUUGUAAAAAAGACAGUUAUAUGACUAUUGUCCAUUGGCAUUUUGUCUGCCAACGUCAUAAAUAUGUUAGAUAAGAAUUGGAAAACAUUUUAAAAGUAAAGGCAGGCCUUAUUGUAUAUACUGUAAGAAGAAUAAUGGGAUUCCAUUUGUUGUUCUUUUCAAAACUUUAUCAGCUCUGUAAGUUACUUUUUAGUUUCUUUUUGAUAAGUUAUUGAUAUAACUGUUGAAAGAAGAAUCUUUAUAAACUUCUUUCAUCUGUGCUGUCUUGAGAAUUGCCGUAUAAAUUUGGAAAUUUCCCAAAAUUAAACAUAAAAUAGAGAAAACAAGACUGUGCCUGAAAUGAGUCAAAGUCGUCUUCUAAUCAAACAGACAGAUCUUUAACAAACCAACUUGUCACCAAAAUUUUAAAAACAGAA